AUGGAAAAGUAUAUUUCUUUUUCAUUAGGAUGUAUGGAUUUUAUAGACUCUCUACAGUUUAUUUCUUCCUCAUUACAAAAGCUCGUGGAAAACCUGGCAAAAGAAGGGUCGAGUAAAUUUAGACAUAUGACAAGCCACUUUGGAGAAGAACAGAUAAGUCUACUUCUGCGAAAACAAGUAUACCCAUACGAGUAUUUUGAUUCCGAGGCAAGGUUUGUGGAAACUCAACUACCACCGAUUGAAGAUUUUUAUAGUACACUAUCGGGAGAAGGUAUAACCACACUGGACUAUGCGCAUGCACAACAUGUAUGGCAAUUGUUUAACAUACAGAAUCUUGGACAGUACCACGAUCUAUACGUUCUAUCAGAUGUCCUUGCAUUAGCCGACGUUUUUGAAAAUUUCAGGGAGAUCUGUCUCAACUACUAUGGAUUGGAUGCUGCACAUUUCUACACCUCGCCCGGUUUAGCCUGGCAAGCUGCCUUGAAAAUGACAGGUGUGAAUUUAGAAUUACUCACUGACGUAGACAUGCAUUUGUUUAUAGAGAAAGGUUUAAGAGGGGGAAUAUCAACGAUAUCCCAGCGUCAUGCCAAAGCUAACAAUAAAAAUGUUCCAAAUUACGACGAAAAUGAACCAAAUAGCCAUGUGAUGUACCUAGAUGCCAACAACUUAUACGGAUGGGCCAUGUCUCAGGCUCUUCCUGUUAAAGACUUCAAAUGGCUAGACGAUUGUGAAAUUGAAAACCUUCAUAUAAGUGACAUUGCAGAUGAGAAUGAAAAUGGAUAUAUACUAGAAGUUGACCUAGAAUAUCCAAUCGAAUUGCACGAUGACCUAAGCGAAUAUCCACUCGCUCCCGAAAAGUUGAAGGUAACAGAUGAAAUGUUAUCGCCCUAUGCGAAAAAGCUAUUGGAAGAUUUAGAUUUAAAAGGAACUUCGACAGAAAAAUUGAUACCGAAUUUAUAUCCAAAGAAAUACGUGGUACAUUAUAGGAAUUUGAAACUCUACUUAUCACUUGGAAUGAGACUUACCAAGAUUCAUAGGGUACUCGCGUUUGAACAACGACCCUGGCUCAAAAAAUAUAUCGAUUUUAACACAGAGAAAAGAAAGCUUUCAAAGAAUGACUUUGAGAAGGAUUUUUUUAAACUCAUGAAUAAUGCAGUCUUUGGAAAAACGAUGGAAAAUUUAAGGAAGAGAACAGAUAUAAAGCUUUUAAGUGAUCAGUCUAAAGCAAGAAAAUUAAUCAGCAAACCAACGUUUCAUGCCUUUAAAAUAUUCAACGAAAACUUGGUGGCAGUUCACAUGAUGAAACAACGAUUAUACUUGAACCGACCCAUUUACGUGGGCUUCGCUAUACUCGAUUUGUCAAAGACACUAAUGUAUGACUUUCAUUAUAUCUAUAUGAAGAACAAAUAUGGACCCAAGGCAACACUUUUAUUUACUGACACAGACUCAUUAUGCUACACCGUUAGCACUAAUGAUAUAUAUCAGGAUAUGAUGGAGGACAAUCACUUGUUUGAUACAUCAGAAUAUGACCCAAAUCAUCCACUACAUAGCACAUUGAAUAAGAAAGUGUUAGGAAAGAUGAAGGAUGAAACACAUGGUAUUCCCAUACAGGAAUUUGUCGGUCUCAAGUCCAAGAUGUACAUUGAUAUAUGA